UGGAUUUCUGAGAAUAUAGUCUAUUUCUGAGAAAAGUAAUGCCAAAGGUGAUUUGUGUUUGUUUCAUGGGCACGUUGAGUCACUGUUGGGAAGACAAUAAGAUGAAUUGUUCUGUGACGUUCGGAAACCUCCACCUCCUCCAAAGCGAGCCGCUCCCAAGAAACGAAUCGAAACGAAAAGCAAUGCCUGCCUGCGCAUAUAUAUCUCAUUCCUCUUCAGUAUCACGCAUUUCUGGUAGGCACUUUCACUGACAGGCAAAGAGGAAAAUGGGCAAUGAGGUGUCAACCGCGUCUGGAGUUAAGCCGCAGCCAGGAGACCUGAUAGAGAUCUUCCGUGGCUCCUACCAGCACUGGGCUGUUUAUAUUGGCGAUGGAUUUGUUGUCCAUUUGGCACCGCCUUCGGAGAACCCAGGGGCUGGAGCCUACAGCAUGAUGUCCAUCGUUUGCGAUAGAGCCCUGGUGGCGCGGGCUGGGUUCUGGGAAGUAGUGGGGACCGACGAGUGGAGGAUCAACAACAUCCUGGAUGACCAGUGUGAGCCCCGGCGUGCCGACCUGGUGGUGCAGGAGGCCCGUCGCUUGGUGGGCGCCGAGCUGCCCUACAGUGUCUUCCAGAGCAACUGCGAGCACUUUGCUACCGAACUGCGCUACGGCAAGGCCCAGUCUCGACAGGUGCACCAGGCAGUCGGGGCUGCCGCAGUAUCAGUCGGGGCCUUAGUCGUUUUGGGUGUUGUGGUCAAGACCUUUUUGGAAGCGGGAGAAGAGAGGAAGAGAACACGGCGUUAUUGACGUCUGUUGAUCUUGAGGUGCUUGAUUACCACCAGCAAAUCAUGAUUGAACCAUUUUCCAACUUUUAACUUUUACUAACAGGCUUACUUACUUUUUACUAGCAGCACAACUUAGAAGGUGUUUUCGUUCUGCGUUCUGCAGAAGCCUAUUGAUCUCUUCCAAUAAUGAAGAUGCAAUAUCUAUAAGACAAGAGUAAGAUGGAUUUCAACAGAUAAAGAAACCUAAUGAAGGACUGUGGUUUUAUUUGUUAUUAUUGUUCAUCUGAAAAAAAUUAAAACCGGCUGCCAAAUGAUACCAUCCCUUCACUUAAAGGGUAAUUCCGGUGUAAAAUGGAUUUGGGAUAUGUUUUGUAUGAUAACGAGUUGAAACGUUCGUUUUGGAGCACAAAAAACACAUAUGGACGCUUUCUUCAGUUGGCUGUUUUUAGCCGAUUCUAUCAAAACUCUAUAACCUUGGAACGAUGGGGGCACUGGUUAUGGUAAAAACUAAAUCGCUAUUUUAAAGCACUGAAAAGGCUAAAAGUAGCCUGACACUUCAU